CUUCUAGUACAUAGUUAAUACCCAUUAUUUGUAAGUUAAUAGUGUAAAUUUUUGCGUAGUUUUAAAAUUUUGUUUCUAUAAAAUGAAAUUUCUUAUGAACAAUUAGAAAAUUUGAAAGCUACCGUUUAAGUAUUACAUAAGCUAUUUAAAAUGGACUCAUUGGAACAGCCGCCUGACUCUUUAGAAAACUUGGAUGAGCAAGAUAGUUUCAAUAAUAGUAGUGGAAUUCUCAAAAUUAAUAGAAACGAAAUUGAAGCUAUUCCUAUCAAUAAACAACCUAAAGAAUUACAAGAUCUGAAAGGUUUAGUUGCUUACAAUGUGAAUGAAUUUGAACAUUCAAUACUGAAACAAGUAGCUAAUAAUGAUGUUAAAAAUAUUGAGAUUACUGAAAAAAAUACCAUUGGAGCUUUAGUUUUAAAAGAAACUGAGAAUGAACGAAAAAUAAGAAUAGGUGAAAUGACUCCAUUUGGUACAGUUGAUACCCCAGAAAAUACCAAAAGUCUUGAAGAUAUUCUACAAAAAUAUUUACAAUCUCAAUUAAAACUCCAGUCAACAGCUCACAAACCUAAGAAAAAUAAUGUUGUUAAUUGUAUUAAAUUGAAGUCAGAAACAGAUUGUAGAUCCAUAAAAUCAACUUAUACUAAAGUUAAAUUAAAAAAAACAGAUUCUGAAAGUGAAUACUUUCCUUCUUCCGAAUCUGAGAGUGAAUUAAAAAUAUGUUCAAAAAAAAAGUCUGCUAAAAAAAAGAAAAUCCCUUCACAUUUUAAUAAAUUGUUAGAUGAAGAUAGUAAUGAUUCUGAUGAUGAUUUUUUUGAUUCCAGAAAAAAAUCAAGUCAAUAUAUCACAUUUGAUGAUGGCAUUGAAGAAAACUACCAAGAAAGGUUACAUGAAUAUGAAAAGUUUAAUGCAGAGAUAGCAACUGACAAUAAUGAUUUUUUCCACUUAAUUGAUGGUGAUUACUUUAAAGUACCAAAAGAAUUAUGGGAAAAAUUAUAUAAAUUCCAAAAAAUUGGAAUAAAAUGGUUAUGGGAACUCCAUCAAAAUGGUUAUGGUGGUAUUUUAGGUGAUGAAAUGGGUCUUGGAAAAACGAUUCAAAUCAUAGUAUUUUUUGGUGCUUUAUAUUGGAGUAGAAUAAAAGAAAGAAGAACAGGUGUGCGUGGUCUUGGUUCAAGCAUUAUUGUUUGCCCAGCUACAUUAUUAUAUCAAUGGGUUGAAGAAUUUCAUAAAUGGUGUCCACCUAUUCGUAUAGCUAUAUUACACGAAACUGGUGUUUUUAAGGGUAAACCUAAUGUUUUGAUUAGAGAAGUAUGGUCUAAUAAAGGAAUUAUAAUAACUACUUAUAAUGGACUCCUAACACAUGUUGAUGAUUUACUAAAAUUUGAAUGGCAUUAUACUAUUCUCGAUGAGGGACACAAAAUAAGGAAUCCUAAUGCUAAAAUUACUAUAGCAGUUAAACAUAUCAAAUCAAAUCAUAGGAUUAUUGUUUCUGGUUCUCCAAUUCAAAAUAAUUUAAAAGAAUUGUGGUCAUUAUUUGAUUUUAUAUUUCCAAGCAAACUUGGUACUUUACCAGCUUUUAUAAAAAGUUUUGCUAUACCAAUAACACAAGGUGGCUAUGCAAAUGCAACUGAACUUCAAGUAGCUACUGCUUAUAAGUGUGCUACAAUUUUAAAAGAUACUAUUAAACCAUAUUUGCUUCGAAGGCUCAAAUGUGAUAUUCAAUCUCAAAUCUCUCUUCCUGAAAAAAAUGAGCAAGUGCUUUUUUGUCGAUUGACCGAAGAGCAAAAAGUACUCUAUAAACAUUUUUUGGAUCAUUCAGAUUUAAUUCCAGAAAUAAUAAAUGGGAAUUGUAAAGUGUUUGUUGGUAUAUCACAACUGAGAACACUUUGUAACCAUCCAGAUUUAUUUCAAAAUAAUAUUGAAUCUGGCCCUUAUGGUCAUUGGAAGAAAUCAGGUAAAAUGAUUGUUGUUGAAGCAUUAUUAAAACUUUGGAAAAAACAAGGUCAUCGUGUUCUUCUUUUUACUCAAAGUGUUAAGAUGUUGCAUAUAUUUCAAUCAUUUAUGAUAGAACAAAAUUAUUCUUAUUUAAAGUUAGAAGGAUCUACAUCAAUAAGUUCUCGCCAACCAUUAAUUAAUAAAUUUAAUCAGGAUCCUUCAAUAUUUAUUAUGAUACUUACAACUAAAGUUGGUGGAUUAGGUGUAAAUCUUAUUGGUGCUGAUCGUGUUAUAAUUUAUGAUCCAGAUUGGAACCCAGCUACUGAUUUACAGGCCAGAGAACGUGCCUGGAGAAUCGGACAAUCUAGUCCAGUCACUAUUUAUCGACUACUAACAGCUGGAACAAUUGAAGAAAAAAUGUAUCACCGACAGAUUUUUAAACAAUUUUUAACCAAUAAGGUAUUAGUAGAUCCUAAACAGCGUCGAUUUUUUAAGUCCAAUUACCUAUAUGAACUUUUCACCCUUCAAGAUAUUGAUGAAAAUGGCUGUGUUGAAACAACAGAUUUAUUUGCGGGAACUGGUUCUGAAAUAAAAUUAAAACAGUUAAUUAAAGAACGGUGUGAAAGAAAAAGUACAAAAACAUUAUCUGCUCGCUGUUCAUUUACAGAAGAAAAAAUAGAAGCAAUGAAAAGAAAAGCUCGAGAACUUAGUAACAGGAUAGUUAAAAAACCUAAAACUACAUCCAAUGAAAAUAUAUGUAUUUUUGAAGAGUUCUCUACAAAUAAAAACACAUUAGAUACCAAAAAGUCGCUUUUAUCUUAUUCAAAUGAAGAUGUUGAUAAUAAAAGUUCAUCGGUAUCUAUGAAAGAGAAAUUAAAUGAAUCAUUCUGUAACAAUGGAAAAGAAAUUGUAAAUGAAUAUUCGAUUUCUAGUUGCUCAAAAGAAAAACAUGUACACUUAAAAAAACACGAUAAUUCUAAAAUACCUUAUUUAAUAAAAUGUGAUGUGUAUAAAGUACAAAACACUAAUGAAUGUUUAUCCAAAAAACAAGAUGAUUAUGUACUAGAAAAACUAUUUAACAAAACAGGAUUGAAAGCUGCAAUGAGACACGAUAAAAUUAUGGAAUCCACAAAAACAGAAAUCAUUUUAAUUGAAAACGAGGCUAAAAAGUUAGCGAAAAAAGCUAUUGAAGAGCUUGAAGCGUCUCGUGCUCAAUGCUGGGAACCAGGAACGGGUCGUUUAAAUUGGACUGGAUCUCGUGGUACCGUUAAACCAAAAUUACUAUUCAAUUCAAAAAAUCAGAGUCAGACAACUACAAGUUCAUCUCUAAUAGAAUUAAUGAAAAAACGAAACGGCCUUGUAGAAGCCACUAAUCAUGAAAUGGAAAUACUCAAUGAAAUAAGACAAUAUCUUUUAGAAAACAACUUUUGUGUCAACACAGAUCAAAUCGUGAAUAAAUUUCGUGAUAAAUAUCAAGCUGAAGACACGCCAUUAUUCAAAUCACUUUUAAGUGAAUUAUGUACAUUUCAUAGAUGUUCUGACAAGACUGGCGUAUGGAAGUUGAAAGAAAAAUAUUGUUAAAAACUAAAUGUUAUUUUUGUACAUUUAAAAGAUAAUAAUUCUCUAUUUGUUAUUUAUUUAUUUAUUUUUCAUCUUUUUUUUGUAAUCAUUUGCCUUGCUUUUUGCAACGGCUUGUUCCUACCUUAGUUAAAAUUAAAAACUUAGUUGAGCAGAAAAUAUUAAUUACUAUGUAAACAAAAUAUAUAAACUACAAGUGCUGUACAUCAUUCUAUUAAAAAAAAAAUUAUUAAAUUUAAA